UGUCGCCUCAACUUUAACCCUCGACAUGUCGGGACAACUUUAAACUUCACACUUCACUUCUUGUCGACAUUUUUCAACCCCUUCGCAUCUCAGAGGACAGAUUAAACAUCAUCAUGGCUCACCACGCUUGGAAUCCUGAAUGCAAGGUUUAUGUCGGAGGAUUGAAGGAGGAAGCAAAUAGAUAUGAUCUAGAAGAUGCAUUCUCUAAAAUUGGAAAGGUUGUUAACGUGUGGGUAGCUAGACGUCCUCCUGGAUUUGGGUUUGUGGAGAUGGAAGAUCCCAGGGAUGCCCUAGACUGCGUGAAGGAACUGGAUGGUACUAGAAUUUGCGGUGGAAGGGUAAAGGUGGAGAUGAGUAAACCUGACCGAGGAGGUCGAGGGCGUGAUGGAGGACGGGGAGGACGUGACGGAGAUAGAGGUGGAGACAGGGGAGGACGUGACAGACGAGAGAGGUACAAAUCCAGAUCCCGAUCCAGAACCCCAGAGAGAAGACGUAGACGGUCUCCCUCAUACAGAUCCAUGUCCCCCCGCAGGAACUGAUUCUCUGAUCUGGUGAACCUGAAAUCCUCUGUUAAACUUCGCCAUGUUGGCAAUCUAAACCAAACCAAACCGAUGCUGCUGCUGCUGUAUCCAGUUCAUCUCAACCCUCUCAGUUUAUUGUUUUUGUGAAUUCAUGACGCUCUGGUCUCAUUUUCAAUUUUUCAACUCAUUUAAUCCCUAAUUUCACAAAAAUAUCAUUGAACAUCCAUUGGAUAAUUUGUGACGUGCGUUUAGAACCUAUUUUUGGCGCAAAAAUUGUCCGGUAUUACAGUUAUCAUCAGGGUUGAAAUCGUGAAUAUCAUGAUCUAUCAAAAGAUCGUUUUCUGAUAUUAUCUUCUCCUCGCAACAAAAAGUUGUUAACUACAUAAAAAGUGCAUUUGAAUAUUAUUCACAAAUCAGUUGAUAAUUUAUUUGUAUUUUUGUCGUUAUAUUCAUAAUAAAAUGAUGUUUUUCAUCUUGA